AUGGAUGUGGCUGGCACUGAGGAUGGUAUUAAGAAGCCAACAACAACUUUCUCAGCUUGUUUUGGUGAUACUUUCAUAAUGCUACACCCAAUAAAGUAUGCUACAAUGCUUGCUGAGAAGAUGGAGAAGCACGGCGCUACCGGCUGGCUUGUUAAGACGGGUUGGUCUGGUGGCAGGUAUGGUUAUGGUAGCCGUAUCAAGCUACCCUACACAAGAAAAAUCAUUGAUGCUAUUCACUCUGGAAGCCUCUUAAAUGCUGAGUACAAGAAGACUGAGAUUUUUGGGUUUGAGAUCUCAACUGAAGUUGAAGGGGUCACUUCAGAAAUUCUUGAUCCUAUUAACACUGUUAGUAGUUUGUGUUAG